AUGGUAAGCAAUUGGCGCCGCCCGCCCAUUAACACCAGAGGUGUUGCAACGGGUUCCGAGUUUACUGUGGACUUGACUUUAAACCAGUUCAUUCGACAAUAUGGAGAGUUCCGUGGCACGAAGUACAUGUGCCGGGAAGGUGGAUGCGGUGCCUGUGUGGUCAACGUCAGAACCCAUGUAGCUGGCACUCAAGAAUAUGCCACAUUUUCCGUUAAUUCGUGCCUUGUCGCUAUUAUGUCUUGCGAUGGCUGGGAUAUAACGACUAUAGAAGGUAUUGGCAACAGAAAAAUUGGCUACAAUAUCAUCCAGAAGCGACUUAACCAUUUCUUUGGUUCUCAGUGCGGUUACUGCAGUCCAGGAUUUGUAAUGAGCAUGUACAGCCUCGCACAGGGCAGUGAUCGCCAUCUAACUGAAGCAGAAAUAGAAAACUCUUUUGGUAGCAACCUUUGUAGAUGUACAGGCUAUCGUCCCAUUUUAGAAGCAUUCAAAUCUUUUGCCGUCUACCCAGACGCGAAUAUAUUGAAGAAGAUAAAGGAUAUUGAGGAUAUAUCUGAACAAAUAUGCCCGAAAUCCGGUAAAACGUGUGGAGGCACAUGUGGGAUAAAUGAGGACUGGUGUUUAGUAAAUAUGAAUAAUACGAGUGCUUCGGAUUUGCCUAAGAAAAUAUCGCUCGCCGAUGGACGGCUGUGGUUCUCUGUUAGCGAUAUAAGAUCAAUAUUUGCAGCUUUGGACGAUGUUGGGUAUGAGUCUUAUAUGCUUGUCGCUGGGAACACCGCAAAAGGAGUCCGUCCAAUGUUAUUUUACCCAAAGCUGUUGAUAGAUGUAAGUGAUGUAAAGGAACUCGCGACUCACUACAUGGAUGUGAACUUAGUUCUUGGAGCUAACAUGACCUUGACAGAUACGAUGCACUUGUUUAAAGAGCUAGCUCAAUCCAAUGAAGAUUUUUGGUACUUGCAUAUAUUGUAUGAGCAUUUGGAUAAAGUGGCCCAUAUACCGGUUCGAAAUAUUGGGACUCUUGCUGGCAAUUUGGCAUUGAAAAAUUCCGAUCCAAGUUUUCAAUCUGACAUUUUUCUUUUAUUGGACUGCGUCGGGGCUUCUGUAACGUUAGUGGACCGUAACAUGAGUCAGACAGAGAUGAAUUUGCCUGAAUUUCUGACGACAAAUCUUAAAGGAAAAGUGAUCACACAGAUAAAGCUACGACCAUUGUCCCGUCACUAUGAAUUAGUAACUUAUAAGAUUACGCCGAGGGAACAAAAUGCUCAAGCAGACGUAAAUUCUGCCUUUCUUUUGAAAUUCAACUCUCAUACACAUCUCGUUGAAGAAGCGUCUAUUGUGUACGGUAAUAUUAAUCCAUCGUUUACCCACGCUUAUGAGACGGAGAGGUUUUUAAUUGGACGUAAUAUAUUUAAUAACAAUGUCCUACAAUCUGCUCUGCAUAUCUUGGAGCGAGAAAUAGAUCCCAGUAUUCGCCCACCGUAUCCACCGCCAUGUGUUCGGAAAAAAGUAGCUCUUGGACUAUUCUAUAAGUGCGUUAUAAAAUUGUGCCCAAAAGACAUACUGAACCCAAUUUAUAAGUCAGGAGCUACAACUCCUAGUGAUGACAGACCACCAGUUAGCCGCAGCUAUCAAGAAUAUGACACAGAUAAGAAAGAUUAUCCUAUAACACAACCAUUAUUAAAGAAAGAAGGAAUGAUUCAAUGUGCAGGCGAAGCUGAGUAUUGUGACGAUAUACCAACUAUAAAGGAUGAAGUUUUUGCAGCCUUUGUGCUUUCGACUGUAGCAAGAGGAGACAUUGAAAGUAUUGAUGGCUCUGAAGUUAUGAAGGAAGACGGCGUAUUAGCGGUGUUAACUUCUGCGGAUAUACCAGGUGUAAAUACCAUACUUCGUGGUGAUUUCUUACUCAUGUUCGAAAAUGAAGAACUUUUAGCAAGUACCAAAGUAAAGUUUUAUAAUCAACCAGUCGCCAUCGUCGUUGCGACUUCUCAAGAAUUGGCUGAUAAAAUGGCACAUUUAGUAAAAGUAAACUAUAAGAAUGUUCCAAAGAAACCAUUGAUUUUUACUAUUGAAGAUGCAAUACAUGCACCAAAAGAGGAAAACAGGCUAAUUCCUUAUCCAGGAAUCGUACCAACUGAUAGAGGUGCUAAUGUCAGAAAGAUAAUAAAAGGAAAAUUUAUUAGUCCAAUGCAGUAUCACCACAUGAUGGAACUUCAUACAACUAUUACAAAACCUGUUGAUGAAGGUUAUGAUGUUAUUUCGUCAGCUCAGUAUCUGGACAUAACGCAAGCGGCAAUUGCUAAACUUUUAAAUAUCCCCGAGAGUUUGAUAUCGAUAAAAACACGAAGAUUAGGAGGUGGUUUUGGCUGCAAGAUCAGUAGGAAUAAUUUUGCAGCAUGUGCUACAGCCUUAGUGGCAAAGAAACUUAAUAAAACGUGUAGAAUGGCCAUGUCGAUGACAAAUAUAACACGUGCAACCGGAAAAAGGCCAAACAGUAGACUUGACUAUGAGGUCGGAGUUGACGACAAAGGCGAAAUUCAAUAUAUGGAUGCUGUAUUUUAUCUGAAUGAUGGCCAAUCUCGUAAUGAAAAUCAAAAUACAUAUGCCACAGAUUCGUUGAAAAAUUGCUAUGACUCUCGUAGAUGGAAAUGUGAUUCUUUUGGCGCCAUAACAGAUGCUCCAACAAAUAACUUUAUGAGAGCCCCUGGUGGUUUCGAAGGAAUAUCUGGAAUAGAGCACAUAAUGGACCAUAUUGCCGAGGAGCUAAAUGCUGAUCCGAUAGAAGUACGCAUGGCUAACUAUCGACGCGAAGACAAUGAUUUACCCAAACUGGUACCUAUGUUUCUAGAGAGAAUCAAUUUUAAGGAACGCCUAAAUAACGUCAAAGAAUUUAAUCAUCUCAAUAGAUGGAAGAAACGGGGAAUAAGGAUGAACAACAUGGCAUUCCCAACAGCCUACAUUGGCAACUACGGCGCUCUCGUAUCUGUGUACCAUGGUGAUGGAAGUGUCAUUGUAAAUAUUGGUGGCAUUGAAAUGGGGCAAGGUAUUUUCACAAAAAUGGCCCAAGUAGCAGCUGAUCAGUUUGACGUUCCUGUUGAAACUGUAACUGUUUUACCUUGUUAUAACUUUACCACACCAAAUAAUUUUGCGACAGCUUCUAGUAUAACCAGCGAAUGCUGUGCAUACAGUGUAAUAAGAUGCUGUGAUCAGAUCAAAGCGAGAUUGGCCCCUUUUAGAGCAGCAAGGCCUACAGCCUCGUGGCAAGAAAUUGUAUUUGAAGCUGACAGGCAGGGAGUAUUACUACAGGCAAAUUACCAAACUAGUCAAAAUGAUCCAAGAUUGGUAAAUUAUUCAAUAUUUGGGAUAGCCGUAACUGAAGUGGAAGUCGAUAUUUUGACUGGUAGUAAAUGGGUUGUUCGAGCAGAUAUCUUUGAAGAUGUAGGUCGUAGUUUGAAUCCAGCUAUUGAUGUUGGCCAGGUUGAAGGUGCGUUUGUUAUGGCUACAUCAUUGUGGUUAAUUGAAAAUAUAGUUUACAACGAACAUACUGGAGAAUUAUAUAGUGAUCGGACGUGGACUUAUAAAAUUAUAGGAGCUAAAGAUAUUCCAUAUGACUUCCGUGUUUAUUUGAGACGGAAGAGGCCUAAUCCUGUUGGCAUUUUGGGAUCUAAAGCUGUUGGUGAACCUCCAGGAUGCCUUGGUCAUGUAGUGGUAAACUCUUUGAGAGUUGCAGUAAAAUCUUCUCGCAAAGACAGCGGCUAUCAUCCCGAUUUUGUCAAUUUACAAGUUCCAGUGAAUAUGGAAAGUCUUGUUGAAGCUGCUGAUGUGAGGAUAGAAGAGUUUCUGUUGUAUUAA